UGUUAAUAUUGGUUUUUUUUCUUUUAUUAUUAUUAUUUUUUUCAGACUGAGUGAGAGGUGUUGGCUUUCUGGGCUUCAAGCUUCGCUUGAGCUCUCUCUCCCCCUCUCCUCUAGUUGAGACCGAGAGAAACAAGCUCAGAGCGGGAAAAAUUGCAUAUUUGAAGUGCUCACACCACUGUCCAAGACGGCUCCUUGUAACGGUAGUUGUAGCAAGCUGGGGAGAGCUGCAGAGCUAAUGGCAAUGGGGGUUUCCACUCAGAGUGGCCCUUUGAAGCCCUGCUCAUCUUCUCCCUUCUGGUCAUCUCCGUCUUGUCGCCGCUCGGCUUCGAUGACUUCUUCUCCUCACGCCUGCUCCGGUUCCAGUAAAAGUUUCCAAAGGAAGGAAUUUCACUCUGUUCAAUAUGAGAAUGUUUGCAAUUGCAAUUUCACUGGUAGUUUUAUUCAAUUUAAACGAGGUUUGAGUAAUUCAACUGGAUCAGUCAUUACAAAGGAUGGUGCAUGUGAAAGAAAACGUUGCUGCCCAUAUCCAUAUUAUUGUUGGAGACUUGAAGUGCGAACACAAAUGAGUCACUCUCCUACUUCAUCAGCUCGAAUGUUCCCUUACUACUCAAAUCAGAUUGAUUCUGAACGAAAGCUUCAAGCAGUGAGGUUAGUUAACAUGAGAAAUUCUGAGGAAGAAGAGAAACAGACUCCUAGACAUCAUGGACCACCAUUAGAGGAUGUUGAUGUUAGUCCACCUUGUCAGUCCAGUGAUUAUAAGACUUCUAAUUAUAGGGCUACUGAAAAUAUGAUUUCCAGAAACUCUAGCCUUGAUAUAGAUUCAUGGCUUGAAGAAAGAAGAAGACUGAGAGAGAUAAGAUCAGAAGUUCGCAGAAGUAUUGAACUUGGAACUUUUAAUGAUGGAGGUUCCUGUGGGAAUUUUGACUCGCAUCCAGAUCCCUUCCAUGGUUUGAGGUUCGAUAAUAUUAAUGGAAAGAAGUCUUUGCAAUGUUCAUUUAACCAAGAGAACAUGGGUUUUGACUUUGAUAAUGUACAAGCUUGUAAGCCACCAUAUAAACCAAGUGAUAGGGAAACAUGUACUGUAAAGUGUCAAUGCAGGGUAACCAUGAAAUCUAGCAGUGCUUCACAUGUGACAACUCAACAUGAAUCGAGAAGCUGCAACAAUGUUGCUAUUAAUAAUGCUUGCAAUCUCACAGUCAAUAAACUGGCUCAAGUUAGUUUGUAUUCGACGCAAAUUGCAAGGGACCAGGCCCAGCUUAGUGAGUCACUCCCUCUGAAGCCUUUUGAGGAAAAUGAAGGGCAACUUAACAAAUUGGAUGGACUGGGAAUGGGAACCAAUGAUAUAACUGAAAGGAUCCCAUCAAAUAGCAGAUAUUCUACCAAUGCUGAAGAAUCUGUUGAAACCUACACUAUAUCUAUAAAUCCAAGAGGAGAAUAUGUUUUUCACCAGCCAGAGUAUCAUGAGAUGCUUAGUCACAUCUAUAAAAAAGUUCUUGUUGUUGAUAAUAUUGCAGUUGCAAAGGAAAUUGUCAGAAUGCUUACAACACGGUAUAAAGAUCUUGUCCAUGCAUGUGAUACAGAGGUAGCCAAGAUUGAUGCAAAGCAGGAAACACCUGUUGAUCAUGGAGAACUGAUAUGUUUCAGUAUUUAUUCUGGGCCAGAGGUGGAUUUUGGAAAUGGGAAGUCUUGUAUCUGGGUUGAUGUCCUUGAUGGUGGUGGUAGGGAUAUUUUGAUGGAAUUUGCUCCAUUCUUUGAAGACCCUUCCAUUAGAAAGGUAUGGCAUAACUAUAGCUUUGAUAGUCAUGUUAUAGAGAAUUAUGGGCUUAAGAUAUCAGGCUUUCAUGCUGACACAAUGCAUAUGGCACGUCUUUGGGAUUCUUCAAGACGAAAAGAAGGUGGAUACUCUCUUGAAGCACUUACGAUGGACCCUAAAGUCAUGUCUGAGGUUCAACAAUGCACUAAAGGAGAACCAAUUAAGAAAAAAUGGUGCACUGAAGGAGAAUUGAUUGGUAAGAUAUCGAUGAAGACAAUAUUUGGAAAGAAAAAGAUAAAGAAAGAUGGAUCUGAAGGCAAGGUUGUCACAGUUCCCCCUGUUGAGGAACUUCAGAGGGAAGAAAGGAUACCAUGGAUUUUUUAUUCUACUUUAGAUUCAAUUAGCACUCUAAAGCUUUUUGAAAGCUUGAAAAUAAAGCUAAAGAACAUGGAAUGGGUUCUUGAUGGUGUUAAAAGAGGAACCAUGUAUGACUUCUAUGAGGAAUAUUGGCGGCCAUUUGGUGAGCUUUUAGUGAAAAUGGAAACGGAGGGAAUGCUGGUUGAUCGGGCAUAUCUUGCAGAAAUGGAAAAGGUGGCCACAGAAGAGCAACAAGUUGCUGCAAAAAGAUUCUGCAAAUGGGCAUCUAGAUAUUGCUCUGAUGCUAUAUACAUGAAUGUAGGAAGUGAUGCACAACUACGUCAACUCUUCUUUGGUGGUACAGUUAACAGAAAGAACCCUGAUGAGUCUCUUCCACUGGAGAGGACUUUUAGAGUGCUUAAUGUUGAUAAAGUGACUCAAAAGGGCAAGAAGGCGCCCCCAAAAUAUCGUAAUAUCACACUAUGUAAACUUGGGAAUGAAAUGCAAACUGAGAUGUACACGGCUACAGGUUGGCCUUCAGUUAGCAUGGGUGCUCUGAAAAACCUUUCUGGAAAAGUCUCAGCAGAAUAUGACUUCACUGAUUAUAGCUCUCAAUCAUCUGAAAGUAAUGAUAUUCUACCCGAACAAACAGUCAACGAAGUUGAGAAAAGAAAAGGUACCUCUGUGAGUGAAGAGGAAACAGAUAUAUCUGCUUAUGGAACAGCUUACACUGCAUUUGGAGGGGGGAAGGAGGGGAGGGAGGCUUGUCAUGCCAUUGCUGCUUUAUGUGAAGUCUGCUCUAUAGACUCUUUGGUUUCCAACUUCAUCCUUCCAUUGCAGGGUAGUCACAUAUUAGGCAAAAAUGGGCGUGUCCAUUGUUCCUUAAAUAUCAAUACUGAGACUGGACGUUUGUCAGCAAGGAGACCAAAUUUGCAGAAUCAGCCUGCUUUGGAGAAGGACCGCUACAAAAUCCGCCAAGCAUUUAUUGCUGCACCCGGAAACUCUCUCAUUGUUGCUGACUAUGGACAGCUGGAACUUAGGAUUCUAGCACAUCUUGCAAACUGUAAGAGCAUGUUGGAUGCCUUUAAAGCUGGAGGAGAUUUCCACUCAAGGACAGCAAUGAAUAUGUAUCCACAUAUUCGUAAAGCAGUGGAGCAAAAACAAGUUCUGCUGGAAUGGCACCCUCAAACUGGUGAAGUGAAACCACCUGUUCCUCUAUUGAAGGAUGCUUUUGCUUCUGAGAGAAGGAAGGCCAAAAUGCUCAACUUUUCCAUUGCAUAUGGAAAAACCCCAGUUGGUCUUGCUCGAGAUUGGAAGGUUUCUGUUACAGAAGCAAAGGAAACAUUAAAGCUCUGGUAUAAAGAUCGACAGGAAGUUUUACAUUGGCAAGAGGAACGUAAGCAGGAAGCAGCCAAGGGGUGUGUGUAUACAUUGCUAGGACGUUCUCGCCGCUUUCCAUCUAUGGAUCAUGCUAGUAAUGCUCAAUGUGGACAUAUUGAACGAGCAGCAAUCAAUACCCCAGUUCAGGGUAGUGCUGCUGAUGUUGCCAUGUGUGCCAUGUUAGAAAUAUCAAGGAAUGCUCGUCUGAAGGAGCUUGGUUGGAGACUCCUUCUGCAGGUUCAUGAUGAAGUCAUACUUGAAGGACCAAAUGAAUCAGCAGAGGAGGCUAGAGCCAUUGUUGUUAAGUGCAUGUCCAAACCCUUCUAUGGCACCAAUUUUCUCAAAGUUGACCUAUCUGUUGAUGCCAAGUGUGCAAGGAAUUGGUAUGCUGCUAAGUAAAAGUGCUUUGUUGCCCAUGCCCUCUUAUUCUUCCGGUCUCAGGAUGGCAUUAUCCAAGAUUUCCUGCUGCUGCUACUGCUGUAAUUUCAUCUGAUGUUGCUAAGGUAUUCUGCAGUGGUGUUGGCGUCUUCGGUCAAACAUAAGUUGUUUUUAGUUGCGUGUUAGUCCUGAGGUAGUGGGCAUGAUGUAUUGGGGGUUGGUUGCUGCUUUUAUGGCAUUUUGUAAUUCAUGCAGACAUGUAGUGAGUUGCCUUUUAAUUAUUUUGUAAAUCUUUUUAGUGAGUGAAGAGAAGGGCGGGGGAGUUGUUACUGUAUUAUAUUGCUUUACGUCAAACGAGGGUCUCCCGCAUUUUGUAAUUAGCAAUAUCAUCAGACGUUCAUAAUUUCAUGCUGCAGUCUGCAGGUUAGAAAAGUAUGGCAGAUUGCCCAGUGUA